UUGUAUGAGUACAUAUUAUGGUCUGUCUGGACCCGGUUUCUCUCUUUUCCUUCACAAAACUCCAACAUUUGACCCAAGAACUGGGGGAAAAUGCUUCCUUUUGGACGAGCUGGACCGUCUAUGGUCAGGGUUUUAGGACGAACAGCACCUUCUACGCAAAAGUUGUAUGCUUCCACUGCUGUGCCGUUAAGUGAACCCAUCUUGGAUGUACAGCCAAAAGAAAAUGUUUUAAAACCACAGAAUGUGCAGGUUACCACAUUGGAUAACGGCAUGAAGGUUGCGUCAUUAGAAACCCAUGCUCCUACUUCCAAAGUAGGCCUGUUCUUUGAAGCUGGUAGUCGAUAUGAGAUGCAGGACAAUCUGGGUGUCUCACACUUUUUAAGGAAUGCAGCUUUUGUGAGUACCCAGGAUCGUAGCUCAUUCAAAAUUGCAAGACAGUUAGAGCAGUGUGGAGCAAGUCUAGAAGCAAGUAACACAAGAGAUCACUUGAUAUUUGCUGCAGACUGUAAGCGCGAUAGCAUUCAAGAUGUACUUGACAGCCUAGCAAGCAUUACUACCAAACCAUUAUACAAUCCUUGGGAGCUUGAUGAGGUAGCACAGAGAGUUAAUUUGGAUCUUGCUAUGGCUGCAGUGCAACCACAAAUAAGUAAGCUCAUUCUUGAUGUUGUAAAUUAGUUAGUAAAU